UCCGAAGUCGACUAUUCUUCAAGCAACCACGAAAGUACGUGGUGCGUGCGGAGCAGAAAAAAAUUUAGUGUUAAGUAAUUUAUUAAGUUCACAUUGACAAAAUGAGGGAAAUCGUGCAUAUCCAAGCUGGCCAAUGCGGCAACCAAAUCGGUGCUAAGUUCUGGGAGAUCAUCUCCGACGAGCACGGCAUCGACCCCACCGGCGCCUACCACGGCGACUCGGACUUGCAGUUGGAGCGCAUCAACGUCUACUACAAUGAGGCCUCCGGCGGCAAGUACGUGCCCCGCGCCAUCCUCGUCGACCUGGAGCCCGGCACCAUGGACUCCGUCCGCUCCGGACCCUUCGGACAGAUCUUCAGACCCGACAACUUUGUGUUCGGUCAGUCCGGCGCCGGCAACAACUGGGCCAAGGGACACUACACCGAGGGAGCCGAACUCGUUGACUCCGUCUUAGACGUCGUUAGGAAAGAAGCUGAAUCAUGUGACUGUCUUCAAGGUUUCCAACUUACACACUCACUCGGAGGUGGUACCGGAUCCGGUAUGGGAACACUCCUCAUCUCCAAAAUCAGAGAAGAGUACCCCGACAGAAUCAUGAACACAUACUCAGUAGUCCCCUCGCCCAAAGUAUCAGACACAGUCGUUGAACCUUACAAUGCCACAUUAUCAGUCCACCAGCUAGUAGAAAACACCGACGAAACAUAUUGCAUUGACAACGAAGCCCUCUACGACAUCUGCUUCCGUACGCUGAAACUAUCCACACCCACGUACGGCGACCUCAACCACCUAGUGUCGCUCACCAUGUCCGGCGUCACCACCUGCCUCAGGUUCCCCGGUCAGCUGAAUGCGGAUCUCCGCAAAUUGGCCGUCAACAUGGUUCCCUUCCCCCGUCUCCACUUCUUCAUGCCCGGCUUCGCACCCCUCACCUCCCGAGGCAGCCAGCAGUAUCGCGCCCUGACCGUGCCCGAGCUAACCCAGCAGAUGUUCGACGCCAAGAACAUGAUGGCCGCCUGCGACCCCCGCCACGGCCGCUACCUCACAGUCGCCGCCAUCUUCCGUGGGCGCAUGUCCAUGAAGGAGGUCGACGAGCAGAUGCUCAACAUCCAGAACAAGAACUCGUCGUACUUCGUUGAAUGGAUCCCCAACAACGUGAAGACCGCCGUGUGCGACAUUCCACCCCGAGGUCUCAAGAUGGCCGCCACCUUCAUCGGCAACUCCACCGCCAUCCAGGAGCUGUUCAAGCGCAUCUCGGAGCAGUUCACCGCUAUGUUCAGGCGCAAGGCUUUCUUGCAUUGGUACACCGGCGAGGGCAUGGACGAGAUGGAGUUCACCGAGGCCGAGAGCAACAUGAACGACCUGGUGUCGGAGUACCAACAGUACCAGGAGGCCACCGCCGACGAGGACGCGGAAUUCGACGAGGAGCAGGAGCAGGAAAUCGAAGACAACUAAACGGUUGCUCUCCCCUCACGUACCUAACACACCAUUUUUAUCAGAACUUCGCAUUAUUUGCUUCUGUAGAUUUUUACAAUUUUGAACAGUAAUGGAUGUAAGUCCUCCUGUUGGAGGACGAGUCUGUCGUGUACAUUCCCAGUGUAUGACGGAAGGGCGCUCUCUGGUAUGUUUAUAUCUGUAAACGACUCCUAUCGACGUGACCCCCCUUCAUCUUCAGAGUAUUGAAUGAUGACACAAAGGAAAGAUCUUUUGUUUGAUAAGGCUGAACUUGAUUUUUGUAUAAGUUAAUUUUUAUUCUUUAUAACCGGUGUGAUUGAGACGUUUUUUUGUCAACUCAAAAUAUAAAAUUAUGUCGUACAAUUUGAAGUUUUCAGCUGGUUAAUAAAUAUAAUAAUUUUAAA